CAAUAUUCAAAUCUUUCCUCACUGACAUUUUGGUCAGGUCUCUCCUUUAUCGCCAUGACUCUCUGGAUCAGGUCUCUGCCCCUCCUUGUGCUGCUUGCUAUUUCUGCUCCUGCUACUAGUUAUGCUAUCCCCAAUCAACAUCUGUGUGGCUCUCAUCUAGUGGAGGCACUCUACCUUGUAUGUGGAGAGCGAGGCUUCUAUUAUUCUCCCAAAACACGGAGGAACAUUGAACAGCCCCUAGUGAAUGGACCAUUAGAGAAUGAGGUGGAGCCACUGCCAUUCGAGACACAGGACUUUCAGAAGGUGAAGAGAGGAAUCGUGCAGCAGUGCUGUGAAAACACUUGCUCCCUCUAUGAACUAGAGAACUACUGCAACUAGAAGAGGAAAAUGGACCUGAGCUGGU